AACAGGUUCAACUUUGCAUGGUACCAUGAAGACAGCAGUGGCCGUUGCCUGUUUACUUGCAGUAACCUACCUUGCGGAGGGGAAAACACUGGAUUUGCAGAGAGGUGUGAUCGUACAUCUGUUUGAGUGGUCGUACCCCGAAAUAGCCAAAGAAUGUGAGGAGUUUUUGUCUCCAAAAGGAUUUGCUGGUGUCCAAAUCUCCCCUCCUACAGAGAACCUUGUGGUGGAAGGACAGUGGUGGGAGAGAUACCAGGUAGUCUCGUAUCAGCUGAUCAGCCGUUCGGGAAAUGAGGAUCAGCUGAGAGAUAUGUUAACAAGGUGCAACCGUGUUGGUGUCAGGGUGUUUGCCGAUGUAGUGUUCAACCACAUGACAGGGAACAGGGACAACUGUCGGGGUGUGGGAAAUUCAACAUGCAACACCAGAGAUUUAUCUUACCCAGCUGUUCCGUACACAAGAGAGGACUUUCAUCAGCCUCAGUGCUCUAUCAAUAACUACAAAAGUCCAGGAGAGGUAAGAAACUGUGAACUGGUUGGCCUGCAUGAUUUGGACCAGUCUCGUGAGUCUGUCAGAGAGAAGAUUGUGAAGCUUUUAAACCACUUAAUAGAUAUCGGAGUAGCUGGUUUCAGAAUAGAUGCUGCCAAACACAUGAACCCUAACGAUUUGUCAGUGAUCUACCAAAGACUGAAGUAUCUGAACACAGAACAAGGUUUUCCGGCAAAAACUAAACCUCUGAUAUACCAGGAAGUCAUUGAUAAAGGUGGAGAGGGAGUGAAGUACGAGGAGUACACUCCACUAGGAUUGGUUACCGACUUCCGGUUGGGCGAUGAGUUGGGGCGCUGCUUCCAGGGCAAGAAUGAUCUCAAAUGGCUUAGGAAUUUUGGCACAGAGUGGAAUCUUCUGCCUGAACAACAAAGCAUUGUGUUUAUUGAUAAUCAUGACACGGAACGGACUACAGAUGACAAAAACACUCUUAACUACAAGAAAUCAAGAGCGUAUAAGAUGGCAGUGGUGUUCAUGUUAGCCAAGGGAGAUUACACUAGCAAGAUUCUCUCCGGUUACCAGUUCUCCUCAUUCGACCAAGGCCCUCCUAGUCAGCCCCCACGUCCAAUCAACAAGAAUGUCUGUUCCCAUGGCUGGGUGUGUCAACAUCGGUGGCGUCAGAUAUACAACGCGGUGGGGUUCCACAACGUCGUCAAAGGAACUCCAGUAACAACUUGGUGGGACAAUGGCAAAAAUCAAAUAGCUUUUUGUCGUGGGAACAAAGGAUUUGUGGCUUUCAACUUAGAAGACUACGAUUUGAAGCGUACACUCCAGACAUGCUUGCCAGAGGGAGAAUAUUGUGAUAUAAUAUCUGGAGAAGUUACAACUACAGGGUGUUCUGGCAAAACGGUUCAUGUCUCGAAAGACGGACGUGCAGAUAUAUUCAUUUCAAGGUUUAAUCCUGAAAGUGCUGAAGACGGAGUUUUGGCAAUCCACGUCAAGUCUGUAACUCCUUCAACUCAAUGAAAAACUUCACAGAAAUUGCUUAGGAUUAAAUUGAUAUUAAAUUAAUUUUUGUAUUUUAGGUCUUGAACAAAUCUUUUGACACGGGUAAUUAUAUACAUUUAAAUUUAGCCUUAGACCAUGUAGUUUGUUCCUAAACACUGUUAAAAACUUUUAUGU